AUGCCCGAGGUGUACCGCGAGUCCCGUUACGCCCGGGACACGUCGCCCUCCGACGAUGAGGGCUACAAGAGAACCACAGUGCGUCGGUACAAAGUUGGACCGGUCUCAGUGGAGAAGACCGAUCGGGUGGAGCGCGAGCGUGAGCGCGAUAUCGAGGUCGUGGAGGAGGAUCGCCGCAGCCGAUAUGGUGGCGGCAGCCGUGUAGGCCGGGAUCGGGAGGACCACAUCGAGGUCGACCGUCGGGUUGAGAGGGUGUACGUUCCCGAGCGUCCUCGCUCUGCCUUCGAGCCGUCGCCUCACAGCGCCACCUAUGUAGAGCGCCGUGAGGUAAUCGAGCGGGAGAGGGAGCGCGAGCCCAGAGACGACUUCAUCCGGGUCGACCGGACCGAGUAUCGCGAUCGCGGCGGGGACAGGGACACUGUUGUGGAGCGGGAGCGUAUUAUCGAGCGGGAGCGGGAUGACCGGGACUAUGACCGGACCCGCACCGUGGUUGAGAGGCAGGUUGUGGAGCGAGAUGACCGGAACAACGAGUAUUGGCGUCAGGAUAUCACCGACCGCCCCAAGGUUGUCUACGAGUCCAAGGAACUUGUCCGAGCCGAGCGCGAUCGCGAAGAUGCCUUCUCGCCGAGGACUCCUCGUGACUGGGAACGCCGUUCAUACUGGGAUGAGGACAAGCAGACUGAAGUCCGAGUGGAGAGGAGGGUCGAGCACCGGGAUUCCCACGGCGGUGAGGUUGUGGUGGAACGCCGGAUUGAGGAGCGUGACCACCGUGACGACGACAGGUACAGCGGAGAGAUUGAACGCUGGCGCAAGGAGACGGAAUACUACGAACCCGUCGUCCAGCCUGCCCCCAUCGUCAUUCGCCAACGUGUCCCUGAGCAGAGAAUCAUUGUUCAGGAGGCGCCCCCACCGCCGCCUCUUGUCAUCCGUGAACAGGCUCAAGAGACCAAUGUGGCGAUAGCCCGCAUCCCCACUCGGGACGAGGAAUACUAUUAUCGCCGGGAAUCUCGCGAGCUCGGUCCUUUCCGUGGAGAACGUGAAGAAUACGAGGUUGAACGCUAUGGCGAGCCUCACCGCCACCACCAUCAUCACCACCACAGCCAUAGCCGUCACAGCCAUCAUCAUGACGGCUACAGCGAUGCCGAGUCAGACAAAGAGGUAUAUGUCAGACGGAGAAUCGUCAAGCGUGAGGAGUCGAGCAGUCCCCACAGGAAGCGCCACAUUGCCGAAGGUGCUCUUGCUGGCGCAGGUAUCUCUGCCAUUCUAGCAUCUCGCCGCAAUGCCCAGGGUGAGCUUCCUGAGAAGCGUGGUCGCAAAGUCCUCGCUGGCGCUGCCCUGGGAGCCAUCGGUACCGAGGUUGCCAGACGCGCUCACAGCGCCUACGAAGACAAGUAUGGAGAAAAGGACAAGGAGAUCAUCAUCAGGGAGCGCUCUCGGUCUCGGCAUGGGCACUCGCGUUCGCGCUCUCGUUCGCGGUCACCUCACUCUAGGCUCAAGACAGGUCUUGGUAUCGCCGCUGUGGCUCUCGCAGCUGCCGGCGCUGCCAAACUGUACCAGAGCAACAAGGUCGAAAAGGAGGAGAUGGCCCGCGGACGCCCCGUCCACCGUGCUUCAAGCGACAGCUCCCGUUCCCCCAGCCGCAAGCGAUCCAAAAGCGCAGCAGCCAAAGCCGGACUCGGCACUGCCGCCGCGGUUGGACUCGUCCAGCACUACCGCCACAAGAGAAGCAAGUCCCGCGAUGGUAAGAGCCGCUCCCGAUCUCGCCUGCGCACCGGCGCCGAGAUGGUAGCCGCCGGUCUUGCCGCCGCCGGGGCCAAGAAGAUGUACGACAAGCGACAGGACAAGAAGGAGGGCGAGCGCGAGAAGGAGGCACUGAAGCGUGAGCGCGAGCUCAGCGAUGAAGAGCACUAUGCGCGCGAUGAGGAAUCCUAUCGCCGGCGCAGCAGAAGCAGAAGUUUACCUCGGUCCGGACCCACGUACCCCGACGCUGACCUUCCACCCACUGAUCCUGAAUUAGGCAUGGUUGAGUACGGGGCGCACCCCCUGUAUGCGAACCCGGCCCGUCCCCACGAUCCUUACGGCACGGCGAUGGGACCGGCUGCCGCGGCAGCGGGGUAUGAAUCCGCGGCGGAGGAGGGCCGACACCGCGGACGGAGGAAGAGGGGCCACCGAAGACGAUCGAGAGGCGAUGAUAGUGAUUACUCGGCCGACAGCGAGCCCGAGACGGACAAGGAGAAGAGGAGUGGCAGUAAGCUGAGAGACUUGGCUGCCGGAGCUGCUGCGGCUGGCGCUGCAGCCUUUGGCAUCAAGAAGGUUCGUGAUAGCAAGAAAGAGAAAGAAAAGGAAAAAGAAAGGGAUAGAGAUGAGAGAGACCGAGAGAGGGAUCGUGAGAGAGACCGCGAUAGGGACCGUGAUAGGGAUCGUAGCAGGAGAGAUCGUGACGAAGACCGAGACCGUGACCGUGACAGGAGCAGAGACCGAUCUAAGGACAGGCCUAGGGACCGAAGCCGAGAUAGGAGCUAUGACCGUGACAUCGAGCGGAGGAGGGAGCGGGAGAAGAGCCGGGGCAAAGAGCGGGACCAAAGACGCUAUGAGGAUGAGGACGACUACAGACGAACGCCAUCUCCAGCCCAUGCCUCGGGCGGAUACUAUCAACCACCGCCGCCGCCGCAGCCUGUAGUCAACAACGGCUUCACCAACCAUCCCAACUACGUCUCGGACAACCUCCAUCAGCAGCAGUACCAGCCCUACCGCCCACCUGACUACACCGGCUUCUCCCCUCAACCGCCUGGUGUCCCGCCCAACUCGGCAGCCACCAACAACGGCAUGCCACCUCCCCCUCCACACCAGAUGCCGCCGCCGCCAGCACCCCAAGGUCCGCCACCUAAUCAACCCCCAGGCCCUGAACAUGUGAAUGGUCUAAACCACAAGCUCACCCCCUUCUACUCCCCCCCAACAUCCCCCAUCAUGACCCCCCAAACCGAAACCGACGACCCCAACGACGACAUCCCCGGCACCCCUCGCACCGCCCGCUCGGUGGUCUUCGUUCCCCUGUCCCCUAAAUCCCAAGCCACCCUCCGCCGCCACCGCGAAGCCCAGGAAGCCGCAAGGUCAGGCGCAGAAGAGGACAGCGACAUCACGCCUCCUUCUCCCCUCGAUCCCACCACCAGCAGCGACGAUGACAAAGCUCUUCGCAAGAAAUCCAAAGCGGUAUCAGAUGACGAUGAUGAAUCUGCCGUGGAGGAGCUGCCAGAUCGGUUUGACGGCGAGGGGAGACCGCUUACCGCCCAGGGGCAUGAAGACAGGCGGGGUGGGGUGCAUUCUAGGAAGGGGUCGUUUGAGUACCGCAGCCCAAAGGGACCGAAUGGGCUGAACAUGAUGGGCGAUUGGGCUGUCAGCGGGACGGACAAGGAGACGGUGGAGAGGAUUGUGCAAAAUGUCACAGGAGUCUUGGAAGGGAAGGGGAGUUGGAUGGGGUUGAUUGGGGGUUUGCUAAGCGGCAAUCUGUUGCAAGGUGGUCACGGUGAAGGAAGCGGUAGUCGGGAUGGGAACAGGGAUAGUAGAGACAGAAAGGGCAAAGGUCGGGGUCACGAUCGGAGUGAGGAUGAGGGUGAUGAUGAGGACGAUGAUCGGUAUAGAAGGCGGAAGAGGAGUGAUAAGAGACAGACGGAGGAUGAGCGGGGGGAGAGCAGUCGGGGGACCAAAAAGGGACGUCACGAUUCUCACGAUUACGACCAUGAUGACGAUGAUUAUUACGGUGAUGAAGAUCGAAAGCGGAGGAGGAGUAGGAGGAGUAGUAGGCGAUAUCACAGGGAUGAUGAUGAUAGUGAUGAUCGGGAGAGGAGGAAUCGGUGA